CCGACGUCUCGCUUUCCAAGCAUUACUUCGUCCACAGAACUGCGCGCGGUGCCCCAGUCGCGCGUACAAACACGUCCAGCGUUAUUUUGACGACUGUGCUGAGGAUUCAUGGGGAAACUACUUCGCUUGGUGAAUGUCAGCUAACAACAUCUCCGAAAUUGACCUCACAAAAACAUUUAACUUCUUAACCGUGUUUUGAUACGAAUCGAAAAUGUGAUUUUUCUCAUGGGGAUAUAGAGUCGUAACAUGGUUUGGGGAGCCGGCUUCUGCGUAAGGAAAUGGACUGCUGCAUAACCCAUGUGACUGCCUUUUGUGUACAAGUUUCCCAAAAGGAAAUGUGAAUGCAAUGAAUGUCUUGAACAAAAUGGAAUUAUUUGACCCAACCAGUAAUGCAACCAGUAGCUUACAUGACUAUGGGAGUUUCUGCAUUUAUGGGUACAUGAAUCAAAGUUCCAGAGGGCCAAUGCCUGUGAUGGAGGAAGUAGAUGCCAGUGGCAGUGAGCGCAACAGCAUGCCGAAGUGGAUUGCUCUUAUCUGCUUCCUGUCCCUGGUGAUGCUCAUGAGUGUGCUGGGGAACCUCUUGGUCAUGACAGCCGUCUGCAAGGACCGCCAGCUCAGGAAAAUCAAGACCAAUUACUUCAUAGUGUCGCUGGCCUUUGCAGACCUCAUGGUGUCUUUGCUGGUGAUGCCGUUUGGUGCCAUCGAACUGAUCCACCAGAACUGGAUUUACGGUGAAACGUUCUGCCUGGUCCGGACAUCUCUAGAUGUCCUUUUAACAACAGCGUCCAUAUUACACCUGUGCUGCAUAGCUUUAGACAGGUACUACGCUAUCUGUUGUCAGCCCCUGGUGUACAGGAAUAAGAUGACACCUCUGAGAGUAGCUCUAAUGUUAGGAGGAUGCUGGGUUAUCCCAACUUUUAUAUCCUUCCUUCCCAUUAUGCAAGGAUGGAACAGUAUUGGAAUAGGCGAAGUGAUACAAAAGCGGAAGUCCAUAGGCAACGCGACCAACUCGACGGCGUGUGUCUUCAUGGUUAACAAGCCAUACGCUCUGACGUGUUCUGUGGUGGCCUUCUACAUCCCACUUGGUCUAAUGGUGCUGGCUUACCAGCGCAUCUAUGUGACUGCACGUGCGCAUGCACAGCAGAUCAGCAUGUUGCAGCGUGCCGGGGGAGCGGCUGCCUCGGCGGACAGCGCCGACCACCAGCGCAACCACCGCAUGCGCACGGAGACCAAGGCGGCCAAGACUCUGUGCAUCAUCAUGGGUUGUUUCUGCCUUUGCUGGGCCCCCUUCUUCAUCACGAACGUGGUGGAUCCCUUCAUUAACUACACAGUGCCGGACCAGCUGUGGGCUGCCUGCCUGUGGCUGGGAUACAUCAACUCCAUGCUCAACCCCAUUCUCUAUGCCUUCCUCAACAAGUCCUUCCGCCGUGCCUUUCUCAUCAUCCUGUGCUGCGGGAGAAAGCGCUACGCCGCCCGGCGUCCCUCCAUACUGGGCCCGGGGCCCACCUGCUCAGCCGCACAGAUCAAUGGCUCCACGCAUGUUCUCAAGUAUGCCGCCCUACACAAUGGAAACCACAUCGAACAGGAAAAGCAGUCGUUGCAAAGAGAGGACACAGAAUCUCCUGAGUCCUGCUUCUGAGGACCACAGGGUGUCAGAGAGAGAAAGACCAGCCCAUGCAGGCUGCGACAGGGACUGGGUGAGAUCCAGCCCUAGAAGGAGCUCAUUCAAAAACAGCCUCUCCAACUAAGAAACAGACAACUCUACAUGUCCGGGAUUCAUUCUUAGUAGCUGGAUUUGAUUAUGGACUGUGUAACACUAUAAGGUGAAAAAUGUUGCCAAAGCUAUUUGAUAUGAACAUUGUUUUCAGAUAUGUCUUUCCAUGUUUCCUUUAUUUAGAAAUGGGAAACAAAUCACUUCAAAUCUCUUUGAUCCACUAUAGUGUAGCUCUGCUAGAAGAUGGCUGUUCUAGUAAUUCUUUGUCUCAUCUGACAUAAAAGUAAACAUUUCUAUAAGCUUUAUUGAUUAAAGGAGCUGCCAUUCACAGGCCCAGAGAACUCAUAACCCCUUAGAAUAAAAUAUUAUAAAUAUUCAUUUUAAAAUGAAGUUCAUUUUGAACUUCAGAUCUCUUAUCUCUGCCUGUUAUUGGUGCCCAAUACGUAAUCACUAGCAGCCUUGAUCCAAUAACUAUCCUUUGAUUCUUGGCAUAAUCUUCAAUUGCCGAACAUUAUAGAAAGUAAUUGAACACACCUAAGGUUUGAUAUGGUAUAAAGUAAUUCAGCCCUUGACUGGCUCUUGAAGUGCAUUAUUAGCUGACACACCACAGGAAUGAUCCAUCCCUUCACCUGCCACUCAGAUGUCUACAAAGAUGGACGAUGCAAUAAGAUGGAAAUGUUUCGAUAAAGAAUUUUUAAAGGUUAUAGUUGCUGAAGCCAUCUAAUCUUGGUCACAGUAUUUUGCCUCCUACUGAUGUGUGUGUUGGUUGUCUACUAUGUGUGUUGUGUGUUGAAUUUUUGUGUGUGUGUGUGUGCGUGUGCGUGUGUGUGUGUGCACGCACUUUAUAAAGUGACCAUAUGAACUGCAAAUGCCUUUAGUCUAGUCAAUAAUUGGUGUGAUUGAGAGUGAAUCCAAGUAAAACUUAUUUUCUAUUCAUAUUAUUUUGUGGAAGGGUUUACCCACCAUUUGCUGAAAUGUUUAUUGAAUGAGUUGAAAGAAACACAUUGUUCACCGCAAACGUCAAUCAUAGAUUACCCACAAAUGUUUUUUACCACUAAAUCAUUGAAUCCAAUUUCCUAUGCAUUGCUAAAAGUAAAAACAUGCCAGAAUGUACUACAACAUUCAUACAUUUUAUAUUCAUGAACAAUCCAUGGUAUACAUUACAUGUAUAUGUAGCACUUAAGCCAGUGUUUGCCUAAAAUGUAAACAUUAGCUUUUUCACUUAGGUUAUUAUCCUGUGCAGUUUCAGAGCAAACAAAUACACUUUCUGAAUCCUUGAUAACAAAGGUGCCUAGCUUGUUUAGAAGGCAUCCCCCACAAAAGCUAACGUUUCAUUUUCUAUGAGUCACCUAUCUUAGUGGGUCAAUGGUGCUAUUUUCUUUCCAAAGCACUGGUGAUAUUUCCUCACAGAAAACAACGUAAAGAGACCAGACAGUCAUACAGAAGAAGAUGUAGAUUACCAACUGCAAUUUACCCACACAUCCACCCGUUAAACACAGAUUCAAGCAACAAAUAUCAUCAAGUUACAUUUAAUAGAAGUAACAGAAAACAUAGUAUGUACAAUGUCGAUGUUUCUGUAAUAUAGGUACAAAAAUAAUUUAAAUCUUGUUGUUUUUUCUGAGUAGGGUGUUAGGGGCAGGGUCGAAUGUGUUACACAGUUUCCAGUAACAUUAAGCCAAACGUCAUUACAGCCAUCCCGUCUUCCACCUUAAAAAACCAAAAUGUUAGUCACUCACUCCUCCAUACUGUCUUAGGAUGUAAUAUUGUUCUUCAUAAAAAUCUGUAUUUGUAAUUUUUUGUUCACAAUGCUUUUAUUUGGAGAAUUCAGUCAGAAUAUGCUGAAUUUGUGGAUUGCCGGGUUGAGGCCCAUUCAAAUUGAAUGUUGUCAGUGCAUGAAGAGAUUCAAAUUUAUAUUUUUGUAA